AUGGCCCAGAUCGACACAGGAGCGGACUGGACGCAGUGGGACAUGGGACGUGCUAUUCAGGGGCUGAGAUCAGCGGUUCCUGGAAUGGUGCAACGUCCUCUACGUCGCAUGCAUAUACGACUAUGGCACGCUCCGGCAGAGAGACUACGGGACCUUCUUUCGGCCGCAGGUCUACCACGAGAAGUGAUCAAUAUGGUGCAGGACGUCGUGGACACUUGCACCGUCUGUCGGGAAUGGCAGCGACGAGGCGAAAAGCCGGUGACAAGUUUGACGUUCACCACGACCUUCAAUGAAGGAAUUCAGUUUGAUCUGCUUUUCCUGGACGACGGUAUCGUGGUGCACUUGAUCGAUAUGUGUAUCAGGUGGGCUCAAGGGCUCUUUGUGAAGUCAAAGGAGCCGGGUGAUGUUCUCCCGGCCAUCACUCAUAUUUGGUUUCGAGUCCACGGUCCUCCGAAGUUCAUCACCUCGGACCAGGAGGGAGCAUUGUUCUCGGAUGAAGGAGCUAUUUGGGCAGAUCGAUGGAAGGUGGACUUGAGACCGAAGCCCAAAGGAGCACAUGCUCAUGUUAUUGAACGGAGGAACGACUUACUUCGGACACAGUAUCACCGAGUUCGAAGUCAAGCAAAUGAAGGCAUCCGAGUUUCGAAGGAAGAGUUGCUGGACGAAUCCUUGUUGGCCAUGAACACCCUCUUGAGCUCUGGAGGCGCAGUGUCUCGUCAUGUUCAUCGAGUCAGGGAGUUGGCCCUGGCCAACAUCGCGCAGGGCAACGCGCGGGAAAGGCUAAAGAUAGCGGCUCGAACGCGAACGAGACCAGCGGCUCAGCUCGGAGAUCUUCGUGUAGGGGACUCGGUCGAUAUCUUCCGGGACCCGCCGAACAAGGAUGUCACUGGCUGGCGAGGACCCUGCAAGGUAGUUGCCAUGGAUCGAGCUGACGAGGGCAUCAUCGAUGUACGAUGGCAGGGUCGCACGCUACCGUGCCGCCCAGCCGAUGUUCGCAAGGCAGUGACAUGGUUGACUCUCAUGGCGGCUCCUGGCCGCGGUGACACCAAGCCGUACCAGCUCUUAGUAUACUACGUGGAGAACAUGGCGGCGGGCACUACGUUACUCCUGGGAUAUGAGAUCGGCGAGGAUGGACACUGGAGGAUGACGAAGACCAGUCGUCGGCUGCCGACUCUGACGACGGCAGCUUUCCACGUGGCCGCCUGCGACUUUCACUUAUAUGGAGUCCUCAACAGAUGCCCGACUUUCCAGCACCACGCGGUCAAGUACGGCCUCGCGAUCCGCAUGAUGUGGAAGAACGACCAGAUCGAUGGCAUCGCUGGCCCACUCCAGAGGCAACCAUCGACGAGGAGUCAGAGGCAUCUGAACCUCAGGCUCAAGGGGUGGCUCAUCCCCGAGAUGCGGAGGACAGAGUUCAGCUUCUUUCACGCUAUCCUUGACAGCCAAUCACCGCCGGACGCUGAGUACUGGUUGGAUUCUCGAGUGUUGGAAGCUGUUGAGGUGGCUACUUAUCUUGAGAAUACAGAGAAGGAGAUGCAAGUUCUGGAGGUGGAGUUCGAAUCAGAGAUCUCCAGGCUUGUGAUCAUGACCACCGAUGCACACGACUUGCCCAAGUCUGAGAUCUUCUCCCUCUUUGCGAACGACGGGGGCCAUCGUGUUAUUCUGUCCGUCAACUCGACGGGGAAGACCAAGAUGGUUAUUGAAAGAGAGGCUGACGAACUCAACAAGGAUGACCUGAUCAAGCAUCGAGUGGAGGUGGAAAAGGCUAUGUCGAAGGAGCUAGGCAACUGUAUUGAGUUGGGUGCGCUCAAGCAACGAAGCAGGCUAGGGUGCACCAACUUGAUGGACUCUCGAUGGGUUAUCCGUUGGAAGAAGCAGCCGGACGGUAAGUUGGCAAUCAAAGCACGACUAUGCAUCAAGGGCUUCAAAGAUCUACAGCAGGAUCGUCUGGAUACCUUCAGUGCGACUGCCUCGAGGCAAACCCAGAGGAUAGUGAAUUUCAUCGCGGCAAGUCGCCCCAAGUGGGUGUUGUGGUCCUGUGAUGUUGGCAGCGCAUUUCUGAAGGGACUUACAUUUCAAGACGUGGCAUAUAUGACAGGGGAGCCCCUCAGAACUGUUCAGUUGGACCUGCCCAAGGACACGGUAAAGAUCGCAAGGCAGUUUGAACCAUUAUCCAACUAUGAUGUGAGUCGGCACUGCUUGGAGAUGGUACGUCCAGGUUUCGGCCUCAAGGAUGCGCCAAGGUUAUGGAAUCUCAAGCUAAAACAAGUAAUGACGAAGCUUCAACUCUUGCCGUUGGUGACAUAUUCCCAAUUUUACUGCAAAUGGGCUGGCUCUCGAUGUGAACCUGUACCUCGUGAGCUGGUACCCAUGAGCGCGGACAAGGACAAGGCUCGAGGCACAGACGUGUCAUUCACCGACCCGGAGAUAGCGAUCAAGGACUUGCAGAUGGUGUGCAGUACACGCGUGGACGACCUCAAGGAAGCCUCGACCGAUCCGAUUGCUGACGCCUUUAUGGAUGCUCUCGAGUCGGAAUUCGGAAAACUCACAAGGCAGAAGAGAAGGCACCAGCGGAACCUCAUCUUUUAUAUUUACUGCGCGCUCUACGCGAUAGACUUGAAGCAGGCGUGCAUCCCGCAGAUCGCGGCUGUCGGCGUCUACAUGUGGACUGCGAGCUCCUCCGGCGCGGUCGUGGAACAGGGCGCUCAGAUCGUGCAGAACACGCCCACGAGCUUCUACCCCAUCAGCUUCGAGUACUUCAAGGCGGCUGGAGAGGGCUAUCGGAUCAACGGCGUGCUGGUCAACAACAUCACGAGCUUCGAGACCAUGUUCGCCCUCCUUGACAUCGACGGCAGCGGCGGGCUGGCCAGCGGCGAGUUUGCGGGGCUCCCAGCCAUGCUGCAGAAGCUGGCCAGCACCACGCGGAGGCUGCAGGACGACGAGGACGAGUCGCCCGAGGCGGUGGAGAAGCGCCGGCUGACGGCCCAGGUCUGCGGCGCGCAGGGGCAGUUCUACUGCAGCUUCGACGGCGACUGCAAGGACGACUGCGCCGUGUGUGGCUGGAAGAGCGCCCACGACCGGGCGUUCUCGACCUGCGUGGUGCCUUCGGCGACGGCGUGCCACGCCGACCAGGAGCGGGUCUACUGCCCGACGGACGAGCUCUGCAAGGUGGGGGGCUGCUCCGACUGCCCUGGCAGACCCCGCGUGGACUUCUCCCAGCACACGUGCCUGGCGACGUGGUGGGAUCCGGCCCCUCUGAGCACAUGGUCGAACUGGGUGUGCAGGUACCGCCACAAGGUGGGGAUGAGCUGCAUCCACGACCAGGACUGCAUCUACGGGUUGCGCCGGUGCAUGGACCAGUCCAACGGCAGCGGCUUAGUUUAG